GUUCCAGUCCAGAAGGAGUUCAUAUGGAAUGGCAUCACGUGGACCGUCGUUGCCGUCGACGCUGCCGAUCGCGAUAGCGAUGGCCGCCGUGAUGACAGUCGUGGCUAGUGGCCUCUGCCCGGCGCGAUGUCGAUGCGAUGAUGAGAGCUUACGGGUCUCGUGUGCCUAUGCCGGCCUCGAGGUCGUGCCGAUCCAGCUGAACCCGGAGAUCCGCCACUUGGACUUGUCGAACAAUCGCGUGACCAACGUGCACCUAACCUUCGGCUUCUACGGGAAUCUGGAGAGCCUCGACCUGAGCGCCAAUCUCCUUCACACGUUGGGCCUGGCGAAUUUUGGCAUGCAACAGAAUUUGGUCGCGCUCAACGUCAGCAAUAACAUGAUCCACACGUUGGCGAGGAACGCCCUGGACGGGCUGACGUCUUUGAAGGAAUUGAAUCUGGCUAGUAACAACAUCUCGGAGAUAUCCGAGCAGGCGUUCAAGUCCACCAGCGAGCUGGAGGUGUUGGACCUGAGCGACAAUUCGAUCACGAGCCUGUGCAACGAAUUGUUGAAGAAUCUGCAUAAAAUACGGACUUUGAUUUUGAAGAAGAACUCGCUGUUAGAAGUGCCGACGAGCAAUCUCGCUCUGGCGCCGAGCCUCGAGCGCGUAGAUUUAUCGGAUAACCUGAUACUGGAGCUCGACCGUGACUCCUUGCCGUUAUUACCGUCGCUAAUCUCCCUAAAUCUGUCGAACAACGUCAUCAGGUAUAUCGCCGACGUCGCCUUCGACCGUCUGCCGGAUCUCCUGUAUCUGGAUUUAUCCGGGAACAAUCUGACUUCCGUGCCUACGGCCGCCCUGGCCAGAUUGAACGUUCUGACGGGCCUCGUUUUAAGCACGAAUCCCCUCGGAUCCCUGAAGGCCGUGGCCUUCCGCAAUCUGUUUGAGCUGAGGAUCUUGGAGCUGAACGAUUGCACGAUCGGCAGCGUGAACGCGCGGGCGUUCGCCGACAACGUGAACCUCGAGCGCAUCUCGAUGGACGGUAAUCGGGAAUUGAGGGAGCUGCCGGCGCGAGUUCUCUACGGAGCUCGAUACCUCAAGUGGGUCUCGCUACGUCGAUGCAGCCUGGAGACCCUGCAGCCGACGCAGUUCCCCGUUGACGGGUUAUCGCAUCUGCGGGUGGGCGGCAAUCCUCUGGUGUGCAACUGCUCGGUACACUGGCUGUGGAACGUGAUCCGCGCGGAGGAGCGACGGAACGAGACGCGACUCGAGCUGGACACCCACGACAUCGUCUGCAACGACGAGGAGUUCGCCGGCAGGGCGCUGAUCGCGCUGUCCGAGGGUUCUCUGCGUUGCCGCCUGAGUCCCCUGUAUCUAUCGCUGUCCGCCGCCGGUUGCUUCCUGGCGGCCGUCGCCGUGCUCACCCUGAUCGCGCGGCUGACCCGCGCGAAGAGGAAGAGACGGUCGCUGGCGUACGCGGCGCCGAGUCGUCCCGAGUUCCUGGUCUACGUCGGCAGGAGCGACAACGGGCUGGACAAGAGCGCCGAGUCGUACAGCCGCCGGCUGCUGGCCAGGAACAACGAGGACAUCUCGUACGACACGCCGCGCGGCAAGGUGCCGGCGUCGACGACGACGAUGACGACGGCGGAUUACAGCCCGCAAUCGCGGGAGACGAACAUCUACGAGACGCCGCGGUACGCACGGCCGGGACGUCGCGACACCGUCGAGCCUACGUCGCAGAGCAAGCAACUUCCGCUGGAGGAAGGCGUGUACGCGGUCGCGGAUGUGACCGACCUGCGGGACGAGCCGCCGGAAGUGCUGUCGCUUUAUCGGGCGCGCAGUCCUCUCGCCGCCAGGUCGAAUGCUCUGCGGCGGUUGGACUACGGUUACGAUUACGAGUACGAUUACGAUUACGAGCCGACGGCGCCGCCGUCGCCGCCGCCGCCGCCGCCGUCGCCGCCGCCGCCUCCGCUAUCUGAGAAACCGCACGUCGUCUUGUGUGAGGGGACCCCGGGCGGUCGAAGAUCGUAACGCGUAAACCGGAGGGUCCAGUUGCGGCGGUAAUCAGCGAAUCGGGGGCUAGUCUAGUCGUUAGACGGAACCGGAUACGCCGUCGACUCCGUCGUAUCGCGGGCCUUUAACUACUCGAAACUGUCUCGGGAUUAUUGCUCGGAUCCUCAGAAUCUUGAUGAACCCGAUACAUUGCGUAGACCAGAGAGGAUCAGAGAGGGUAGCCGCUGGAAUCCGAGAUAGCCGCGAGAAUGCCGCAAAAGGUAUAAGAGGUAUACUCCACUCAGCGAGAGUCCCGGAUCCGUCAUUUGACCGCGAAGCUUACGCGACGUACGAUAUCAUUUCGGAAACGAUUGCGUUGGCUCUGCCUGUCUCGUAUUGAUCACGUCUUAUUGCGUACGAAGACCAACAAAGGUGCAUUCAACACGGCUAAACGGUAACGUUAGAGUUCACGAUGGGUAUAAAAA